AUGACAGAGACUCAGUCCUUGUUUUCGUGCUUUGGCUGCGGUGAAGGAUCAAAUCAUCGAGUUCCAAUCACACCAGAUCGCUUCGUUAAUCAUGCUGCAUCUCCGGAAAUCGAGGACCUUCUGGCAAAUAAGAUGAGUAAGCUGAGCGUCAAGGAACGAGAUGAAGCCACUCAUGACCUCCAUUGUGUAGGAGAAGAUCUAAUGGAGACUCCUGAGAUGGUGGAAAAGUCACUUGCUGAAUUCGACAAUGCAAUCAAACGUGAGAAAAACGCAACUUAUGAGAUUGCAAAGGGCCAGAACAGAGCAUAUGCUGAAGAUCGAUUUUUUCGGUUAAAAUUUCUCAGGGCGAAUAUGCUUGAUGUCAACCGAUCAGUGAAAAUGAUGCUGAGAUUCUUGGAGCAAAAGGCACUUCAUUUCGGCAUUGAAAAGGUUGCUCGGGACAUCACAGUAGAUGAUUUGACAGAUGAAGAUAAAAAGUUCAUGCGGUUAGGUCUUUUUCACAUCCAGGAGGGCAGAGAUAGGUCUGGUAGAAUUGUUUUCUAUUUAUCCAAUUCCUGCACGGGAUCCUGUACCCCUGAAACUUUGAACCGUCUCUUCUAUCACGUCGUGUUCAACAUCUUGAUCAAGAUGCCUACAGUCCAACUGAAAGGUUUGAAUGGCGUCUAUUACGAUGUCGCAAAACUGAAGGAAGGUGCUGCAUUGCCAGGAUUGAAGUAUGUGAAGACUAUCAUCGAUUUUGUUACUUCUGUUCCUGUCCGGUUUUCGUCAAUGCACUACUGUCUGAAGAGAAAAAAGGGAAAUCUCGCUCGAAAUGACUUCAUCCUUAAAACAGCACUCAAGUCCAUCCCAAAGUAUAGUUCCGCAAGGACUCGGAUUCACCUUGGCAGUGAUAUGGAGCUCCAAUAUCAACUGCAAAGCCAUGGAAUUCCCAUCCAAUUCUGUCCUAUUGAUGGGGAUGGGAACUUCCGAACAGAUAUACUGAAUCGUUGGUUGAACCAUUAUGAGUCAAGUACUGGUACGGCCUUAAACCAAUGUAAAGAUGAUAGGAAGAGCAGACAGAACACUGUUCCGCUUCGACAUGACGUAUUACUGGGUCGAGGAAAAUCGCUCCAGGCUCAUCUUGGCAACGUUUGCUUCCGAGAGUUUGUGAAGCGGUACAGCGAAGAAUAUGACGAAACUCCACGAAAUUACCGGAGAUUAGUUCCAAUGAAAGUGAUCCAAGACCUCAAGAGCCGUGGGAUCCGGUUCCUUCGGCAAGACGAAAAAACCGGCGAAUGGGUCGAACCUGACAUUUCAGAUAUCGAGAAGACAGUGGGCCAAGUUUUUCGGAAUCUGAGGAAGAGGCAUAAGCAAGAAAGUGUAUAG